AUGAAAGGUGUGGUUCUUGUUGCAAUUGCUGCUUCCAUCGGGAAUUUUCUUCAGGGUUGGGAUAAUGCUACCAUUGCUGGUUCGAUUCUUUACAUUAAGAAAGACCUUGCUUUGCAAACAACUAUGGAAGGGCUUGUGGUGGCCAUGUCGCUAAUUGGAGCUACUGUCAUUACGACUUGCUCUGGUCCCAUCUCAGAUUGGCUUGGUCGGAGACCAAUGUUGAUAAUCUCAUCCGUGCUGUAUUUCUUGGGUAGUUUGGUGAUGUUAUGGUCUCCUAAUGUUUAUGUGUUGUGCUUAGCAAGGCUGCUUGAUGGAUUUGGUAUUGGCCUUGCCGUAACUCUUGUUUCGGUUUAUAUAUCGGAGACUGCUCCCUCCGAUAUAAGGGGGUCGUUGAAUACACUUCCCCAGUUCAGUGGUUCUGGAGGAAUGUUUUUAUCAUAUUGUAUGGUUUUUGUGAUGUCAUUGAGUGCCUCGCCUAGCUGGAGAGUAAUGCUCGGGGUUCUCGCUAUUCCUUCUCUCUUCUUUUUUAUAUUGACAUUAUUCUUCUUGCCCGAGUCUCCUCGAUGGCUCGUGAGUAAAGGAAAGAUGCUAGAAGCUAAAAAGGUUCUCCAACGAUUACGUGGCCAGGAAGAUGUGUCAGGCGAGAUGGCAUUGCUGGUUGAAGGUCUCGGGAUUGGAGGUGAUGCAUCUAUAGAAGAGUACAUACUCAUGAUAUUUUGCAAACCAAAGAAAUUAAUCUUGUUCUUGCUUACACCAAAGCUUCUGAGUUUGAGUUUGUGCACCAUAAGGGUGGGAUCUAGGUACCUUGAUCAUCUGAUUGUGGAAAGAAAGUAUGGUGAAGCAGCUUCUUUAUGUCCCAAGUUACUUGUUAAAUUAACCAUUUUCACCAUAUGGGUCUUCCACUUUGCACAUCUACGUCAACUCCCUGUUUUGGUUCCUUACAUGCCUACCGAAAACCCGAGACUACGUGAUACUGCUUAUGAGCUUGCUCUUGUCGCAUUGGUUACAAAUUCAUCUUUCCAUAAGGAUCUCUUAUCCACUGUAAAAUCCUGGCCAUCUGUAAUCUAUUCUGCACCACCUGUUAUUUCAGCCAUUGAACCACAGCUUAAUACUUCGUCCAUGACUGACUUACUCAAAGAGGCAUUAGCGGAGUUGUAUGUAAUUGAUGGACAAUAUGAGAAAGCCUACUCAUUGUAUGCAGAUCUUAUGAAGCCAGAAGUAUUUGAUUUUAUUGAUAAACAUAACCUACAUGAUGCAAUUCAUAUGCCUCUGCUACAUCAUAUGCAAUCUCAUUUCACUAAAUUAUUUUAUUGA